UGGACCAUGGAGGCCCAAAGGUCUUUCGCUGGGGAGUGGAGUGCCCAGUCCCUCCCCGUGGCAGUAGGUGCCGUUUUGAAGCUGCGGCUCUGUGAGCUGUGGCUACUGCUACUGGGUUCUGGUUUGAACGCGAGUUUUUUGCCACACGAAGAGGACGUAGACUUUAUCAAUGAGUACGUGAACCUCCACAACGAGCUGCGGGGCAACGUCAUACCCCGAGGGUCUAACUUGCGUUUCAUGACUUGGGAUGUAGCUUUGUCACGGACUGCUAGAGCAUGGGGAAAAAAGUGUGUGUUUGAGCAUAAUAUUUAUUUACAAGGUGUACGUAUGGCCCAUCCUAAAUUUUACGGUAUUGGUGAAAAUAUGUGGGUCGGCCUUGAAAAUGAAUUUACUGCAAGUAUUGCUAUAAGAAGUUGGUAUGCAGAGAAGGAAAUGUACAAUUUUACAAAUGGCAGUUGCUCUAAAAACUGUUCUAAUUAUAUUCAGCUUGUUUGGGACAACUCUUACAAAGUUGGUUGUGCUGUUACUCCAUGUUCAAAAAUUGGACAUAUUAGACAUGCAGCAAUUUUCAUAUGCAACUACGCACCAGGAGGAACGCUGACGAGAAGACCUUAUGAACCAGGAACAUUUUGCACUCGAUGUGGCAGACGUGACAAAUGCACAGAUUUUCUAUGCAGUAAUGCAGAUCGUGAUGAAGCCGUAUAUUACCAAUUUUGGUAUCCAAAAUGGGAAGUGCCCCGGCCAAUUGUGUGUGAUCCACUGUGCACGUUCAUUUUAUUAUUGAGAAUAUUAUGUUUUAUGCUGUGUGUCACAACUGUUUUGAUAGUACAGUCUCAUUUUCCAAAUAUCUUGUUGGAACGACAAAUUAUAUUUACCCCUGAGGAAUCCGAAGAAGAGAAAGAAGAAGAGGAAAAAGAGGAAAAGAAGAAAGAGAAAGAGGAAACGGAAAUGGAAUUGGAAAUAAUGGAAAUGGAGGAGGAAAAAGAAGAGGGAGAGGAGGAAGAGGAGGAAACACAAAAAGAAAAGAUGGAGGAAGAGGAAAAAUAAGAGGAGGAAGAAGAGGAAGAUGUAUCACCAACAUAAGCCAAAAGUAUAAUACAAAAAAGACAGAAAAAAAAAGGAAAGUAAAACACUGAGUUUUAACGAGAAAGAAAACAUGCAAACCACUAUUGGAAUGUUUUUUAUUCCCUUCUCUCCUGUGCUUAUUCAAUAAAUUUAAAUUUGUAAAACAAAGAAACAAACAAAAAACAUGUAAGCAUUAAGGUGAGCUCUUCGACGCUAAGAACAGAUACAGAUGUAACAUGAAAAACACUGAAAAAUAUUUGACCAGUCUAAUUAAUCUUAAUAUUUCACCAUGUUAUUCUAAUGAAAGAGGGAAUUUUUAUUUUCUAAAUAUGUUCCCAUCUCUGUGCUUUCAGUAUUUUCUAAAUGAGUUAAUACAUUUUUCAAGUAUUAAAUGACAUUAUUCAUUUAAGGUGCUUAAGAUCAUUCCAAGUUCAGAUAAUUCCAAGAAAAACCAUUGAAUAAAUAUUGUUGGGUUUUUGUUUUUACUGUUACUGUCAUAGUUGUUAUUGGUGGUAGUGGUAUUUUUCAUAUGACAUUAAGGCAUCUACUAUUAUUAUUUGUCUUUGUGGUAUAUGCUCUUGGAAUGAUUUAAGUGGUACCUGUACAUCCUGCUAGGAUGCAAAUUUAUUAUUUCUAAUUUAUGUUCAACAUUUCAGUAAAAACUUGCUGUAAUUUUCUGCCACCAAAGGUUAAUAAAUGCCAGAAUUUUAAUUAGUUGUGGUGGGAGAAUCUGGAUGCUUCCAAAUUUAUAUGAUAAAAUAAAUUUUCUAAAAAUUAUUUACUUAUGUAGCAAAAGUUCACAAAUUAAUAACUACUUACCACUAGUAAUACUAAUAAAUGAACUAAAUAAAAAUACCUAGCAAAGGAGAUUUCUUUAGCUAUAAAAUAAAUGAAUAGUACUAGAUGACCACUAAGAUCUCUUCAUCAAUAAAUAUUCACGGAUCAACUUUGUAAAGGAAUUAGUAGUAUCUGUGGAGUAUACCAAGCCAACACCUGGGGAAAGGACCUGAUUUCCAUGAAAAUAUUCCUGAACUGAGCACCUUAUGUGGCAAAAUGGUAAACAACUUUUAUUACUCAGUUUUAAAAUAUGCAAAAAGAAAUGUAUACUAUUUUUCUAAUUGCCAUUCCAUGCUUACCUGUCUUAUUGUUGCACACUUAUUAGAACUCAAUGUGAUUUAGAUGUGAAAGGUUAAUAUAAUUCUAUUUAUGACAGGGACUUAGAGAACUCAUUCUAAUUGAGAAUCAGAGGCUUAAUAAACCUGAAGGUUUAAGUGAAAGAAAUGACAUUGAAAGAAAGAAUCACUGCAUACCUGAUGUUUUCAAAUGAAACAAUCUCAAUUUUCCAAUUUUGGUAGAAUAUUGUGUUCUAAAGCCACAUUUCUCAAUGAAUAGUUCCACUAGGGAGGAAAAAAAAUCCUAGCGUAGCCAAAUACCUCAAAUGGUAUAAAUGCUAUGUGUAUUAACUCUGUUAUUUUUUAGUUGUAUCAAUAUUGUGUUAAAAGCCUGUUCCUAAGUAGGGCAAGAUCAGAAUUAUAUUAAAAAGCCCUGAGCUAUU